AUGAGAGUCUACAGUUGCCAUUUUUGUUCGUCCCCUGUGUACCCAGGCCAUGGUAUCAUGUUUGUGAGGAAUGACGCCAAAGAGUUCAGAUUUUGUAGGUCCAAAUGCCACAAGAAUUUCAAACAACGCAGAAACCCUAGGAAGCUGCGCUGGACCAAGGCUUUCCGGAAGGCCGCGGGAAAAGAGCUGGCUGUCGACAGUACGCUGGCGUUUGCUCAACGCAGAAACGUCCCUGUGCGUUACAACCGUGAACUGGUUGCGACAACUUUAAGAGCGAUGGCAAGAGUCGAGGAGAUUAGACAAAAGAGAGAACGUGCAUUCUACAAAAACCGUAUGCGUGGAAACCAAGAACGCGAUUUCCUCAGAGACAAGAAACUUGUCGAGUCGCAUCCAGAACUUCUUAAGGUCAGGGAUGUGGAGCUUGCCCGUGCGGAGGCCAAGCAAGCUGCCAAGGAGGGAGAUGUCGGCGAAGAAAGCGAGGAAAUGGACGUGGACAGCGAAAUGGAAAGCGAAGAAGAAGACGAAGAGGAAGAAGAGGCCCAGAAACAAAAAGUUCUGCUCACCAACAAGCGCAAGAACAACAAGAAAAUUGCUUUCUAA